CUCAUGGAGGGACCCCACCCCUUUUGUGGGUUUUCAUUCUGAAGCUAUCCACAACUUUACACCUGAAUGAAUGCCAAACCUCUCUGAAUAUAUAAAGGAAACCUGCAAGAGCAAUUUCAGUUACACAGAAGAAGCAGAAGGAAAAGAUUUCAUCCAGCUUUGUCAGACAGCCUGAACCAGCCAUGCUUCUCCCUGCCAUUCACUUCUACGGCUUUCUGCUGGCUUGCAUCUUCACGAGAAGCUACUUGGCUUUCAAGAACGAUGCCACAGAGAUACUUUAUUCUCACGUUGUUAAACCCGCUGCGGCGAGCCCAAGUAGCAACAGCACGUUGAAUCAAGCUAGAAACGGAGGCAGGCACUACACCAGCACUGGAUCCGACCGUAACAAUCGCGUUCAAGUUGGUUGUCGAGAACUGAGAUCCACCAAGUACAUCUCAGAUGGCCAGUGCACCAGCAUUAAUCCCCUGAAAGAACUGGUGUGUGCUGGUGAAUGCCUCCCUUUGCCACUGCUGCCCAACUGGAUUGGAGGAGGUUACGGAACCAAGUACUGGAGCAGGCGGAGCUCGCAGGAGUGGAGAUGUGUCAACGACAAAACUCGCACUCAGAGGAUCCAGCUCCAGUGCCAGGAUGGAAGUAUAAGAACCUACAAAAUAACUGUGGUCACAGCCUGCAAGUGCAAGAGGUACACCAGGCAGCACAAUGAGUCCAGCCACAACUUCGAGGGAACCUCUCAAGCAAAACCCAUCCAGCACCACAAAGAAAGGAAAAGAGCCAGUAAAUCCAGCAAGCAUAGUACAAGUUAG